AUGCAACCACACACUAAGACCGAGAGUACUACAGAUAGUAUGAACAAACCAACUGGUUCUAGCCAGUCUGAAUCAAUCAAAGAUUCCAGAUCUGCUGGACACAACACUACUGCCGGAACAGCAGCUGCAGAACAGCUUCUGUCGGGUCGUAUGCCACACCCAAUGUCAGGAAAGAACAGAAAUGGCUAUGGCAAUAGAGGCCAGUCCAGCUUUUAUCAAAACAGCAGUAGCAACUACCGUAGCAAUAAUGGACGCUUCUACAAGUCCGACUAUUCCACUCGUCCUCCAGUGCGUCCUCACUUUGAUUAUCCGAGCAUGAGUAGCACUCAGAAUAGUAGUGAUGCUGCAGCAAUGACUUCUGCUUCUUCUGACAAGCAGUGUGGAUGGAGUGCUGUCCUGCUGCCUGACGAUUCCCAGAGGUUUGCUCCCGAUCGGUUUAAAAACUCGACCUAUAAACCGUCUAGGCAUCAAUCUACUCAUGAUACUGCUCAUGGUAACACUCUGGAGAAACAAAAGCCUUUGAAUAUUCUACCUCAUCCCAGAAACAAUAUCAAUAAACGCAAUUCAUCCUCGGCCGUAGUCCAGCAGAAGCAGAACGAAAAACCUCUGGCUAAUAGCACGGGCAUUCCUGUUUCCAAACAGCAGCGUGUGCAGUCUAUAGUCGCUGCUACAGAGUCCGGAACCCCUCCGACUCUUGUUAAAACGUUGUCACAGUCCAAGUUUCAGGUUGGAGAGAUGAAAGUAACAUUAACUAGACAGUCUUCUGCCUCGGGUUCGGUUUCUGUCGAUCCUAAACCGCAACUGGCUGAAUCUACUGUCAUUUCCAAUGGAGGGUAUCAGCAACAUCCCAAACAGUACGGGCCUGCUAAAUACAACAAACAUGGAAAACCUGCUCACAAACAAGGCAUCAAUGCGUCUUCAUUUAAUGCUUCCUCUGGUGCAUCCACUGCAAAAAUCCAUCACAAAGUGCAUCCAAACGACAGUCUAGUAUCUGCUUCUAUUCCUGAACAUAGUGUUCCUAAAACAGGAUAUGUUAAAAGAGAAGCGGUAGAUGAUGGAAACACAUUCAGUGCAGCAAAUGACACAGUAGCAGAAGUAGUUCAAGAGUUUCCCGUAGAUGAUGAAAUGCAGGCAUGUUUAACUAAACAGCAGCGAAAAACAGAAACUAAUACUCAAAAAAAGAGAACGAACAAGGACAAAUCUAGACAGAAGCGAUCGUCACCAGUGUCCAGUGUAUCCGAUUCAACCACCGGCACUAACGAUCCUGAUGCUGUUUCAAUCUCUGUUGUUGAAAAAGGCAUUUCUUCUUUGCGUGUCGAUCGGACCAUCGAGUCUGUCAGUUCUACUCAACUAGUAUCUGAAUCUGUUGGUUCACAACAAACUGAGCUUAAAACGGGUAUUUCCCACCCUAUAUCUAAUGGCACCACUGUCAACUCUACGAUUGCUAAUACCGUGUCUAAUGCGAUGGUUGCUGCUCCAACUUCUUCAGAGUCUCUUGGUUCACAACUCGAGUCUGGUACCGACAACAUUCAUCAGCGCGCUGCUGUGGAUGCACCCGAGUUUGUGCCCAUGUCUGCACCCACGACUGCAUGGACCAUCACCACGUCUGAUUUGAUUCAACCGAUUGCUUCGCCUUACCAUCCUUACCAUCAGUCCUACUUUCCCUAUCCCAUUGCUCCUGGAUACCCAUACUCUUCAUAUGGCCAGUUUGGAGCUCCAUUUAUAAUGGAUCCCAAUGCUAAUGCUACAAAUACGUCGGGUGCUCAUGCCAGCGCGAGUUCUCAAGCAACUGAUGACGGAACCACCAACGUAUCGCUUGUAUCAGCUGCAGUGCCUAUGCAACUUCAACAAAUAAUGACUCCCAAUGGCAUGGUCAUGUAUGCUCUGCCGAGUGGAAUGAUGAUGGGACCCGAGUAUCCAUACAUGCCUAUAUUCUAUCCUCCACAGCAGAUUCCAGGACAACAUGGACAACAUGGACAUCACUAUCCUCAAUCCAUGACUCAUGCAAACGUUACUCCAGCAGCAACAGAACCCAACUCUUCUCAAUCGCAUAUGGCACCCAAUACCAACAGUAUGCAGCCAAUUCAGCAGCAACAGCAGUAUAUGACCCCUAUAAUCCCUGGCAUCUCUCCUUACAUGUAUCCUAUACCACCUGCUCAAUUUAUGACUCCCAUGAUGAACACAAUGAUGCCUCAUAUGCAAAAUAUGAUGGUAUCUGAAAUAAAUACGUCGCCCGUAUCUACAUACAUUUCCUUGCCCAGCCAGGAAACAUUGGGAUCAGCAAUGGUUCUUUCACAUACAUCGGUUUCAUCAGCUAUUACUUCAAAUCCUGUCGGAAUCUCAGCUCAUGGAAACAGUGUGUAUAUUCCACCAGUACAUCUAUUUCAUCGUCCUAGUUCCUUUCCUUGUCCACCAGCGGAAAAGUAUUCUGCACAGCAUCAGAUAUAUCGACCUCACUCUUUACACAACUCACACCAGUCUAUGAAUAACCAGUAUUUUACUCAUGGUCAGUCGCGUGGGCUUCAAGAUGCUCGACCAGCCCCGUCUGGUUCUAGAGAUCAUUUUCCUUCUACUCAUGCAGCCGCUAGUGGAACUGAUUCUCGCAAUCCACUUUACGGACGCCAAGACCCCAAUUUCAAUCCAUCUUGGCUGUAG